AUGUCUUCAUCGAAACCAAAGAAGGUACACUACUCAUCCAGUGCGAAAGGAGGAAAGUCUUCUUCUGGACACAAACAUAGAGACUCUCGGGACUCUGGUGUCGGGUCUUCCAGUGCUUCGGAUCGUGCGUCUCUUGGUACAUCACCUAACGAAUCACCUUUCAAUUCUCAGGAAAUCUAUACCCAGAGACACAAUCCUAGUGCUCUCAACGAAGCUCUCGAUGCUGCCAACGAAGAAAUACGGAUGCUCAGAGCAGAGAAAGCUCAACUCGAAGACCUCCUCGCCGAAAGUAACAGGGAAAACAGAGCUCUCAAAAAAGAACGAAACAAGUUAGAGGACGACAAGACUUAUUUGAAAAAUGAGUUGAAACAAGAAGAAAAACUCAACGACAGACUCAAGUCAAGACGCUCGAGUCCUUCAAACGCAGAUGCAAACACCAUCGCCAACUCCUCUGCACCGCGAACAAACGAACGUCCUCCUCUCACAAACCCAAGACCAACCUCACGACGUUUCAGCAGCAGCGGAGGAGCACCGCCUCUUGCACCUCAGCCCCCACCAAACAACACCAACCCUUUCACACCACUCAACGAACGUCCAGGAGCUUUCGCCAAACAACCUCCGCAAGUGAGUUACUCAGCUUCAAUAACUCCAUCAACGGUAUCAUACACACCGUCGAGUAUGGCAUAUACACCCGUUCCACAAUCCCCAGUGUACACCACGGUCGCGCAUCGACCGAAUCCGAAGCGCAAUAGCCAGCAGGAGAGGUUAUAUCCUAACGAUGGGAAAUAUCAUCCUUAUCCUGUGUGA